ACCGAACCGGUCCUCAGUGGCCAUGGCGAAGAGGAUAAAAUAGGGGAGCAAAAAGAUAAGCCAAAAAGAGAGGCUUUUGCUUCUUCUUCUUCUUCCCCGUGUGUGUGGGAGAAGCCCAUGGCGUCGCUUUCUCCUUCAAUCCACCACUACUCUUCUUGCAAUUUGAAAUCCGUUUUUCUUGGUGAGAGAGGUGGUAUUCGUACUUGCGAUGUUACCGUCAGUAGGAUUGGAUUUUUCCGAAAGCCAGUGGAGUGCAAGGAAUCCAGGAUUGGAAAGAGGCCGAUCGAAGUCCCGGAUAACGUGACCGUCGCAUUAAAUGGGCAGGAUUUGAAGGUUAAAGGUCCACUAGGAGAACUCUCGAGGACUUAUCCACGUGAAGUCAAACUUGAGCGAGAAGAAUCUGGUCAUUUAAAAGUCUCUAAAGCUAUGGACACUAGACGAGCAAACCAAAUGCACGGGCUUUUCAGAACCCUGACAGACAACAUGGUAGUUGGGGUCUCAAAGGGAUUCGAGAAGCGUCUCCAACUUGUCGGCGUGGGAUAUCGAGCAAUGCUGGAGGGCAGAGAUCUCGUGCUGAAUCUCGGGUUCUCGCACCCGGUCCGGAUGGCCAUCCCGGAGGGCCUGCAAGUGAAGGUGGAGGAUAACACUAGGAUCGCAGUGAGCGGCUACGAUAAGUGCUCCAUCGGUGAGUUUGCCGCCGCGAUAAGGAAAUGGCGGCCCCCCGAACCAUACAAGGGGAAGGGCGUGAAAUAUGCCGACGAGGUUGUGAGAAGAAAGGAGGGAAAAGCCGGGAAGAAGAAGUAGAUAUUGUUGUUGUUGUUGUUGAUGGUGGUGGUUUUACGAGUUUCCUUAAUUUACAUACAUUUUGGAUGUUAUGUAUUUGAAAUUCUUAACUGUUGCCAGAGCUUUUGAGUUCUUAUUGAUACCUGCAUUUUGUGUUA